GGGGAGCCGAGCGGCGGCGGCGGCGGCGGGGGCGGUAAUGGCGGAGCUGGUGCAGGGGCAGAGCGCUCCGGUGGGGAUGAAGGCCGAGGGCUUCGUGGACGCCCUGCACCGGGUCCGGCAGAAAGCCACAGGACUCAUUGUGUUAGAAGAAGGUCUCCACUCGGUCGCUUGAAGAUACGGUCUUUACAUCUCUUUCCAGUAUUCCAGGGGAGGGAACCCUACCUGUUUCCCAGUUACUGGCUUUUCAUUUUAAUACUGACGCUCCUGUAGACAUUAUGUUGGAUCCCAGAACUUUCCAAACCUAUGGUUCCACCUAAAAUUUUGUCUGAUGACUUGUUACUUACUGCCUAGGCGCCAACCAAUACAGUAGUGAGUAUCCACCUUUACUUAGACUUCAGAGCCAACCAGUGGCUGUAAUGGAUGAACACGCCGUCCAGCUCCCCUUCCAUCACUCUGCCUGCCGGCGUGUUACACUGCUCUCCUCUACAGCACAGGGUCCUGAACCGUGUUUCUCACUGGCUACUAAUAUGUAAUGGCUUUCGCCCUGUGCUGAUGUGUGACAGUCACCUUGUUGGCCUUCUGUGUCCAGGAAGAAUUAGAGUCACUACCCUAAAGAGCUCAGAUCCUCAGUUUGCAGAAGGCCUGUAGUUGAACAUAACAUGAAUUUUGAACCGUUGAAAAGACUUUCUGCUUCUCUUGAGCCAGUGGUUGAACUGGUAUUCUUGGACAACCUGCUCAAGAGGGAGGGAGACCCUCUGUUAAAUGCUGACCUAAUGUGGAUUGUUGAAGCAGUGAUGUUUACUACUAGCAGAGAGAACUUCACUGGAAGUGUUCCCAGCUCUGAAAUGCACCAUUGACUGGAGCAGUAAUAAGCCCAAUGGAGACAGUGCUCUUUCUCAAACACCUGAACACCAGUGUCUGCAGGAACCCAUGGGCUGCUCCUGUGUCUUGAUGGGACCUAGUAGAGGACCCUGCAAAGAGCGAGUCCUCGUUAAAGGGUUUUGGUGAUGUGACAGCCCAUUGGAGCCGCACGUUGAUGGAAACACUGACCUUCGUGUUUGAUUGCUGCUAAAAUUGACUCAAUUCCUCACUUGAAUAAUUCCACACCUCUAGUGGACCCCUCAGUGUAUGGAUAUGGAGUACAAAAACGGCCUUUGGAUGAUGGAGUAGGUAACCAGUUAGGGGCCCUGGUACAUCAAAGGGCAGUAAUAACAGAAGAAUUCAAAGUGCCUGAUAAAAUGGUUGGAUUUAUCAUCGGCAGGGGAGGGGAGCAGAUCUCACGGAUUCAAGCAGAGUCGGGUUGCAAAAUUCAGAUUGCUUCAGAGAGUUCUGGGAUUCCAGAGAGGCCCUGUGUACUUACCGGAACCCCAGAAAGUAUUGAACAAGCCAAACGGCUCCUGGGCCAGAUUGUAGACCGCUGUCGGAAUGGCCCUGGCUUUCAUAACGACGUGGACGGCAGCAGCACCAUCCAGGAGCUUCUCAUCCCCGCGUCGAAAGUGGGCCUGGUCAUCGGCAAAGGCGGGGAGACAAUAAAGCAGUUGCAGGAGCGGACAGGUGUGAAAAUGGUCAUGAUCCAGGAUGGCCCAUUGCCUACGGGAGCAGAUAAGCCUCUUCGCAUCACUGGAGACCCGUUUAAAGUACAGCAAGCAAGAGAAAUGGUAUUAGAGAUCAUCCGAGAAAAAGACCAAGCUGACUUUCGAGGUGUGCGCGGUGACUUCAGCUCCCGAAUGGGAGGAGGCAGUCUGGAGGUGUCUGUGCCUAGGUUUGCUGUUGGGAUUGUAAUUGGAAGAAAUGGGGAAAUGAUCAAAAAGAUCCAGAAUGAUGCCGGUGUGAGGAUUCAGUUCAAACCAGAUGAUGGUAUUAGUCCAGAGAGAGCUGCCCAGGUCAUGGGACCCCCAGAUCGGUGUCAGCACGCAGCACAUGUCAUCAACGAGCUUAUUCUUACAGCCCAGGAAAGAGACGGCUUCGGAGGCCUUGCAGUAGCCAGAGGAAGAGGCCGUGGCCGUGGCGAUUGGAGUGUGGGAACUCCUGGUGGCGUCCAGGAGAUAACGUACACAGUGCCGGCCGAUAAGUGUGGCCUCGUCAUAGGCAAAGGGGGCGAGAACAUCAAAAGCAUCAACCAGCAGUCGGGAGCCCACGUGGAGCUUCAGCGGAACCCGCCUCCCAACACCGACCCCAACCUUCGCAUAUUCACCAUCAGGGGCAUCCCUCAGCAGAUCGAGGUGGCCAGACAUCUCAUAGAUGAGAAAGUUGGCGGUACCAGUCUCGGAGCACCUGGAGCCUUCGGACAGAGCCCCUUCAGCCAGCCACCUGCUGCACCUCAUCAAAACACCUUCCCUCCCAGGAACUCAGGGUGCUUCCCCAACCUCGCUGCUAAGGUGAACGGGAACCCCCACAGCACCCCUGUGAGCGGGCCUCCGGCCUUUCUGACCCAGGGGUGGGGCAGCACCUACCAGGCGUGGCAGCAGCCCACACAGCAGGUGCCAGGCCAGCAGAGCCAGCCGCAGAGCAGCCAGCCCGACUACAGCAAGGCCUGGGAAGACUAUUACAAAAAGCAGAGUCACGCCGCCAGUGCUGCUCCUCAGGCCAGCUCUCCACCGGACUACACGAUGGCCUGGGCGGAAUAUUACAGACAGCAGGUCGCUUUCUACGGGCAGACGUUAGGGCAAGCUCAGGCCCACAGCCAGGAGCAGUAGGACGCUGGCCUGCGCUCUCCCUGAGAUCAUCGUGAGCAAACCUAUUGUAACAGAGGUUUUUAGAUGUGCAAACCUUUUCAUGAAGAACCUUUGUUUUCUGUGAAACACUAUAUUUAGAUUAACAGAAUUUUUCUAAAAAUCGGGAAAAUUAGUUACUAAAACUUUCUGAUAAUUUUUUGUUUCAUUAUUUUUGUUUGUUAUUUCAAAUGUGUGAGCUCUGGGAUUCUUUUUGGAGCAAUACCUGCAAAUUCAGGCACCAGAAUGUGCCUCAGAGCAGUGACAUUUCAACACGGUGUGUUUCUGUUGUGUUGUGUUUUGUUUUGUUGCGUGUCUUUUUAUUUACAGUUUUUUCUGUUGCAACGGAAAGUGGCUUGGAAGUCUUAGGUGGUAUGUAACAAAUUCUUUUAAAAAAUUUUUAAACAGUAUUUAAAUAUUCUUAAAUGUGUAAAUUCGUUAAAUGUUUUACUUCUAAUUUCUUGUAUCUUGGCUGUCUGGUUUUAUUGCAUUUUUUAAAAACUGAACUAUUAUGUAUUGUAAUUAAUUAUGUGAAUUCUGAAUUGAGACAGAUAAUUGUAUUGCUGUCCACCAGGGGUCGGGAGGGGGCGUUUUGUAGGGUUUGUAUAAUUUCUAGAGUUCUAAAGGUAAUAUAAAGAUGUGUCUGUGCGUUUAGCAUCCGUCUCCUCGUGUCUCCGUUACCACUUCCGAGCGUGUGUCUAAGACCUCCAAGCUUGUUUUAAAAACAAAACAAAAAACUUUGCUCUCUUCUCUCAGAAAUAUAAAUACUGUUAUUUUUAAUAUUAAAAAGAAAUUCGAUAUAACUUUUAACAAACACUGUGGAACAUUAAGCCGCAUAAAAAUGUAACUAUUUUUUAAUUCCAAGGUGUUUUUUGCUUUUUUCUUUUAAAUAUUUUCUUAAUAUUUGUCAAAUUAACUAGAUGAAUAAAUAAAUCUAGUAUUAACCACAAUAUGAAUUAAAUAAUUUUGAUUUAAUAAAAGGGAUAAUAUGAUUUCCAAUGUUUACUGUAGUGUAUCUUGUACAGAUAACAUGUAUUUUUAAAGGAAAGAAAAACGGAAUUGAAGCUAUUUUUUCUUGCAUUUUUAAUUGACCUGAGGGACAUUCCGUUUGAAAUGUACUGAAGUUACAGUUUCUGGUUUUUUCUUCGUAUUUUCCUUAUAAUGCUUGAAAUGUCUAACUAUUAAAAAAGGCAAUUGGAAAAUGUUAUGCAUGUUGUUUUAAAAGAAAAAGUGUUCUUUUUAUUUGACUGACAAUUCCUUUUACACUCUAUAUAAUAAAAUUCCCACAAGAUGCCUUGUGGGCGCAGUCCUUUUA